UACUGCCCCAUCGACCCGCCAUCGAACUGCCCCAAUGGAACCGAGACGGCCUGGGCCGGUACUAGUCCCUACUCCAUCGUCCCUGGCGGCCAGGAGAUGUACGUCGACCCUACCGGCCUGGUGAAGAUCACCGUGCAACACUCCCACUACAUCCCGCCGGGCUCCUACGCGAACGGCGAAGGUUGGAAGUGGACCGCGCUGCCCCUGCCGGAAUGCCAGGACCCCAUCCCCUGUCCGCGGUCGGCGUUCUACUUCUGCUCACCGCCAUCGGGGUACUGGACGUUCCAGAUCGAGGGCCAGGAGCGCGGAGGGUUCGCGGCGUGUCCGAAUCCGUGGGACGGGGAGGUCACGAGUGUGUAUGCGGUGACGGACGCAUUUAAUCGGACGGAUUGUGUGGAGUUGGAGGGGUUG